AUGGCUCGCUGGUACAACACCCUGCCGGAUUCCGGGGACCCUCGGCUGAGAGCGCGGGAGAGCGACAGGCAAUUCGCAGCAGAAGAAAUCAUGUUGCACCGCGUGGAGUACACAAUUGCCGUGACGCAGCUCCAUGCGGGACUGAAGACUCCGCAGCGUGCCAUCGUUAGAUUUCCAGCGCAUGUCCGGAAACCUCGGUUCGAAGUCCACUCUAUCUGCAAUUAUCGCCCGGAUCCGACAUCGCAGACAGGCGCCAACUGCCCUCUGCCCGAGCUCUCCGUCCCGAACCACAGGGCCUACUCCGAACGCCAUGAGUACAAGUACGUUCUUCACGAAGAGCUGCCUCUGCCAGACCGAGAAGCUCAUUAUAGCAAAAUGUUGGUGAUCCAUCAGGCGUUUCUUGCACCAGAUCCGCCGGAUUGGGUGUUUUUCAUCGACUGCGAUGCCUUCUUCACAGAUGCACGCACGAGCUUGCAAGAUAUUCUGGAGACCUAUGGGGCCGGCGGCGCUGCCGGCCCGCACUUCCUGGUUGCAGAAGAUCCGGGUGGCAUCAACACAGGGACGCUUCUUUUCCGAAGGAGUGAGUGGUCACUCUCGUUUCUGGAGCAAGUCGCGAGCAGUCAGUUUGCAGUUGCCUGGGAUCAGUCCAUGUUCUUCUGGGAGAUCUUGAAAGCUGGGCUGCUGGCUGAGCAACUGGAGCCGUCCCUGCUGCAAGCAGACUACAUGUGGCCUCCUGAAGUCGCACUGGUCCACCAGGCCCACCUCAAUGCCUACGUUCCUCCGGCCUCCACGGAUUGGUCGGCGCACGAAUGGAGGGAAGGCGACUUCGUGCGGCACUUUGCUGGCUGCCCAUGGCAGGAGCCGCAUUGCUUGGGGUUGAUGCGCGAGACCGCGAAAUACUCUGACCAGCAGCACCAGAGACGGUCAUAA